CAGUAGUGCACAAUUAGAAGAGUUUAAAUUAAAUUCACACUUAUUGGUACUGUAUUUUUAGAGGACUCUGACCCAGUUAAAACAGCUCAUAAACACAAACCAUGAUGUUUAAAAUUCCAAAUAGGUCACAUGCUCAUUGUGCUUGUGGCUCACUGUCACCAUAUCAAACACCUUUGUGGUGUAAACACAAGUCACCAAAAGGAGCAGUCUCUUAUUUUGUCAAACAGAUGCCUGUGGGUCUAAGUUAAUGUAAGGCAUUUGUGAUUCUACAGGAAGGAUGGAUCGCUCCUGUGUAAACUGCUUGAAAAAUCUGAUGUUAUUUCUUAACUUCCUAUGCUGGUUAUGUGGUACGUUUGUUGUUGCCUUUGGGGUAUUCCAGGCUAUACACUCCAAGUUUGAAUCUCUGGUCACAACCUUCUGGCCAAUCUACCCUGCCAACACCCUGGUGGUCACUGGUACUAUUGUUACCUGCGUGUGUUAUCUGGGUGUGCUUGGAGCCAUGAAGGAGAAUCGCUGCCUUCUUAUCAGCUUUUUCAUCCUGCUCUUCAUCCUGAUGUUGAUAGAGUUGGCCAUGGCCUGUGUGUUCCUGGUUUAUAGCCGAGUGAUUAACACAUAUUUUGAGAAAGACCUGAAUCAAAGUUUGCAGAUCUACCUACAGUCAAGUCCCGAAGAGAACAAGAUGAUUAAAAAUGAUUUUGAUGCAGUCCAGCACCUGUUUAAGUGUUGUGGAGUACACGGCGAGGAAGACUGGAUGGGGAAGGUUCCCAUCUCCUGUUGUGUCCAGGAUCCCUGCUACUCUCCCAGCCACACCAACUGGCAAGAGGGUUGUCUCAUGAAACUGAGAAACUGGUUUGCAGGAAAUUAUCGGAGCACCGGGGCAGGCGUUGUCACGCUCUUCAUCAUACAGUUUGCUUGUCUGUGUUUUAACAUCCCUCUGUUUUGCCACUUUGGUCGAAAUGGGCUGGGCUACUCAUGAGAAGGACAUAUUACUAAAGUCACUGCUUCUUAUCAAGUUAGCAGUGUUAUUGUCUGUUUUUUCUAAAUGUAUUGAGCUAGUUCUCCACACUUGUCAUAAAGAUAUUUCAUUCAGAGAUACCCUUCAUUAAUAUGGUAGGAUGUAUUCAAAACUAAUUAUUUUUCAUUUAAAUGUAUAUUCGAUCUUAUUUAUUUAUUGUAUGUUUUUUGGUGUAGUUGUAAAUGUUGAUUAAUUU